CUUUCCCAGGGCCAGUUAAGGAGCAGGAGUUACAUAAAAGGGGGUCUAUGUUCACUUGCUGAGCUGAGGAGACUCCAAAGCAGCUUGUUCCAACUCCAGGCAUCUCUAAGCACCCAGACAACACAGACAGUGAAGAUGGUAGUGGGCCUGUUGGCUUCUGUCUCCAUUUCAGAGCUUCUCUUGGCCUUCGUUAUCUUCUGCCUGGUCUUCUGGAUCAUUGAGUCUUACCCACAGAGGGUCCCCAAGGGACUCAAAAGCCCACCUGGACCCUGGGCUUGGCCUCUGAUUGGCAACAUACUGACCCUGGGGAAGAAUCCCCACUUGGCCCUGGCCCGACUGAGAGAGAAGUACGGGGACGUGAUGCAGAUUCAUAUCGGCUCCACCCCUGUGCUGGUGCUGAGUGGCCUGGAAACCAUUCGGCAGGCCCUGGUGAGGCAGGGGGAGGACUUCAAGGGCCGACCCGACCUCUACAGCUUCACCCUUGUUGCAGAUGGCAAUAGCAUGAGCUUCAACCCUGACUCGGGGGAGGUCUGGGCAGCGCGAAGGAAGCUGGCCCAGAGUGCUCUCAACACCUUCUCUGUGUCUUCCUCCCCAUCCUCUUCCUCCUGCUACCUGGAGGAGCACGUGAAGAAGGAAGCCGAGUCUCUGAUCCAGAAAUUCCAGGAGUUGAUGGAUGGGGUAGGAUGCUUUGACCCCUACAAUCAUGUGGUGGUAUCUGUGGCCAAUGUCAUAGGCGCUAUGUGUUUCGGCCAGUGCUCUGCCCAAGAGAACCAAGAACUGAUGAGUCUCAUUAGCAAGAGUCAUGAGUUUGUUGAGAGUGCCACCUCAGGUAACUCAGUUGAUUUCAUCCCCAUCCUCCGAUACUUCCCAAACCCAAGGCUGCAGAGGUUCAAGGACUUCAACCAGAGGUUCUUAAAAUUCAUGCGGAAAACUGUCCAGGAGCAUUACAGGGACUUUGAUCAGAAUAAUAUUCGAGACAUCACUGAUGCUCUGUUCAAACAUAGCCAGGACAAGGCUCAGCGGAACAUCAGCAUCAAUGUACCAGAGGCGAUGAUCACCAAUCUCGUCAAUGACAUCUUUGGAGCUGGCUUUGACACGGUUACCACGGCCAUUUCCUGGAGCCUCAUGUACCUUGUGACAAAACCUGAGGUCCAGAAGAAGAUCCAGGAGGAGCUGGACACUGUGAUUGGAAGAGAGAGAAGCCCCCUCCUCGCAGACAGGACUCAGCUGCCUUACAUGGAGGCCUUUAUCCUGGAGAUCUUCAGGCAUACCUCCUUUGUCCCGUUUACCAUCCCCCACAGCACAACGAGAGCCACGACCCUGAACAACUUCUACAUCCCCAAGGGCACCUGCGUUUUUGUGAACCAGUGGCAGGUUAACCAUGACCAGAAACUAUGGGGGGACCCGUUCAUGUUCCGGCCAGAGCGAUUUCUCAGUGCAGAUGGAACCAUCAACAAGGCCCUGAGUGAGAAGGUGAUUUUAUUUGGACUGGGGAAGAGGCGAUGCAUUGGGGAGAUACUUGCCCGGUGGGAAAUCUUCCUCUUCCUGGCCAUCCUGCUGCAUCAGAUGGAGUUCAGCGUCCCCUCUGGAGUGGAGCUGGAUUUGACCCCUACCUUUGGGUUGACCAUGAAGCAUGCCCGCUGUGAGCACUUCCAGGCUAAGCUACGCUCCUCCUGGAAUGGCUGAGGCUCCCAUUGGUCAGGGCUGGGGUAUAGGCUCCUUCCUCCUCUACUUCCACUUACUCUCAGUCCAUACUUAUUGGGGUUAGGCCAAGAAGUCAUGUCCCUGGCAGGUGUGUGUGUGUGUGUGUGUGUGUGUGUGUGUGUGUGUGUGUGUGUGUGUGUGUACAUAAAUAUAUACAUAUAUAUACACACACACACAUAUAUACAUAUAUAUUCUCUAGCUCAUUUUCAUUUCUUCUAUGAUUCAAACAUAUUAAUUGCUGAAAGGAAAGGAGGGAGCAUGUUUUUCUAUAUCAUACCUGACAAGGAGUUACCACAAUUUUGCCAGAAGUUCUCUAAUUUGGCUACAGGAUCACAUUGUUGAACUAUGUUAAGCUUGUAUCUCACUAAGACCCUCCCCCGCCCCAAGACUGCAUGCAAGUUACUUUCUUGCCAUGCCUCCCUAGCCUUGUACUUGGAAAGCUGGUUUUGAAUCCAAGUGUAAGACUUAAUAUUCACCUCUAUUAAACUCUUCUUAUUCGGUUUACCCUGA